AUGCCUCUCCCUCUCAAGGUCCGCAUGGGUAUCCGCGACGAGUGGGACAGCCCCAACUGCGAGCUGCAGAUGGCGCUCGUCGACGUCUCCGACACCCUCGGGACAGUGCCGGUAAUCAAGCCCGACUGGAGCGUGCUCGUCGCGGCCCUCGAGCCGUCGUAUGGAGACAAUGGGCGCAUCGUUCCAGGUGUCGCUGGUCUAGUGACCGCGUGGGUACGUGCGUUGGCGGAGCUCCUCGCGGACAAGGAGCACGAGGCGUGGGGCGAGACGCUGCUCAACAAGAUGGGCGGCGCCAACCUCAGCGUCCGGCUGAACGUGUCUGCCGACCCCGAGUCAGAGGUCACGGUGACCAAGUGGACCGAAGACGGCUUCGAGCUCCUCCUCCCGCAGAAGGAGAACGAGAACCCGCGGGCGAGCCUGCCGCUGCACAAGGCCGCCCUGCUCGCCGUGUUCGACGAGCCCGGCGCCGACGCCGAGGAGGACUGGUCCGAGGUCGUCGUCGCGGACCAGGUGCGGGCCGCCCAAGCGGCGAUCGCAGACGUGCAUGCAACGCUGCUGGCACCACCCGCCGCAGUGUCAGGUUACAUCCCCAGUGUCAAGACGUACCCCCGCCCCGAGGUGCUCCUCCAGCGCCCGCCGUACCACCUCAUCGUGAGCUGGGGCGGCACCAUCGAGAUCCAGGGCAGCCACUCGCCAAGCCUCGAGUUCAUCGCGGAAUACUUGAAGAAGUGGUGCCGCACCGACCACUCGAGGACGGAUGUGCCACCAGUGUUCAAGAUCAAGCUGCACGAGAACCAGUUCGCCCUCGGCGCCGUCUACGACCGCAUCACGAUCGAGCCCGAUCGAUACGCCGUCACGACCAUCCCGACCGUCCUCGCGCUCAUCGAGAACGCGCUCGGCUACACGCCCAUCAGCUCAGACGUGCGGGUAUGGCACUACCGCCGCGACACCGAGCUCAAGGCGUAG